GCGCUCUCACUUCCGCUUCUCUGAUGGGCUCAGACGGCGGCUCCGGGGUCCGGAACAGCGGCUGCUCGAGGUGGGUGGUUCACACCGGGGCUGUAUCUCCUGCUGUUCGUGCCGCUUCAUACUGAUUGUCUGUCUUAGCUGAGGAAACCCGCUUUCUGGAGGAGUCAAGGAACACGCCUGCUAGUUAGGACCAAGUUGAAACAUUGUCCAGUGAAUCCGGAGGAAAAAUAACCCCCCACACACCCCAUUUAAACUCCCCUGAACAACGGUUAACACGAGUCAUAAUGAUCUGUGCUAAGCACAUACUUUGAACAUUUUGUGGUAAGGGAGAAAUGAGUUUGCAUCGGCAAAUGGGUUCAGAUCGGGACCUGCAAUCAUCGACUUCCUCGGUCAGCCUCCCUCCUGUUAAAAAGGCACCAAAGAAAAGGAGGAUGCCAUGGGGUUCUAUCUUCCGAAGGAAAAAGGACAGUAAGCGCAAGUCUAGAGACCUAAAUGGCGGAGUUGAUGGUAUAGCAAGCAUUGAAAGUAUUCACUCAGAGAUGUGUACAGAUAAAAAUUCCAUAUUUUCUGCCUCCAUGAACUCUUCAGACAAUGGGACAGCCUCUGUAAGUAAGCAGAGUGGAGACUUUAUGGAGUGUCCCUUGUGCCUUUUACGGUACUCCAAGGACAGGUUCCCUGAAAUAAUGACAUGUCACCACAGGUCAUGCACGGACUGCUUGCGUCAAUACCUGCGGAUAGAGAUCUCUGAAAGCAGGGUCAACAUUAGCUGCCCCGAGUGCUCUGAACGCUUUAACCCCUAUGAUAUCCGUUUGAUACUAAACGAUGAUGUGUUAAUGGAGAAAUACGAGGAGUUCAUGCUCAGGAGAUGGCUUGUGGCAGACCCUGAUUGUCGGUGGUGUCCAGCUCCAGACUGUGGGUACGCCGUAAUUGCGUUUGGAUGUGCCAGCUGCCCAAAGUUAACGUGUGGCCGUGAGGGAUGCGGGACAGAAUUCUGCUACCACUGCAAACAGAUCUGGCACCCGAACCAGACGUGCGAUGCGGCCCGCCAGGAGCGCGCCCAAAGCCUGCGUCUGCGUACCAUCCGCUCCUCGUCGGUCAGCUACAGCCAGGAGUCGGGCGCAGCAGGAGAUGAUAUUAAACCCUGUCCCAGGUGUGCUGCGUAUAUCAUAAAAAUGAACGAUGGGAGCUGCAACCACAUGACCUGCGCCGUGUGCGGCUGUGAGUUCUGCUGGCUCUGUAUGAAGGAGAUAUCCGACCUGCAUUAUCUCAGCCCUUCAGGAUGCACAUUUUGGGGGAAAAAGCCAUGGAGCAGGAAGAAGAAGAUCCUUUGGCAGCUUGGAACCCUAGUGGGAGCGCCGGUGGGCAUCGCAUUGAUAGCUGGCAUUGCCAUUCCUGCUAUGAUCAUCGGGAUUCCGGUGUAUGUCGGGCGCAAGAUUCACAAUCGCUAUGAAGGCAAAGACGUUUCCAAACACAAGAGGAACUUGGCCAUAGCAGGCAGCGUCACCCUGUCUGUCAUCGUGUCGCCGGUAGUCGCUGCUGUCACCGUGGGUAUUGGUGUCCCUAUUAUGUUAGCGUAUGUGUAUGGCGUCGUCCCCAUAUCUCUCUGUCGGAGUGGAGGGUGCGGAGUGUCUGCGGGAAAUGGCAAAGGUGUCCGGAUUGAAUUUGACGAUGAAAAUGAUAUCAAUGUCGGGGGAGUCAAUACAGCCACAGACGCCACAUCGGUUGCCGAAGCCCGCCACAACCCCAGCAUCGGAGAAGGAAGCGUGGGGGGGAUGACCGGCAGCCUGAGCGCCAGCGGAAGCCACAUCGACCGGAUCGGGGCCAUCCGCGAUAAUCUCAGCGAAACCGCCAGCACGAUGGCCCUGGCAGGGGCGAGCAUCACGGGCAGCCUUUCCGGAAGCGCCAUGGUGAAUUGUUUUAACAGGCUGGAAGUCCAGGCGGACAUUCAGAAGGAAAGGUACAGUCUAAGUGGGGAAUCGGGCACCGUCAGUUUGGGAACGGUCAGUGAUAAUGCGAGCACCAAAGCUAUGGCUGGAUCCAUUUUAAGUUCCUACAUCCCUCUGGACAGGGAAGGAAACAGUAUGGAGGUCCAAGUGGACAUUGAAUCUAAGCCAGCAAAAUUCAGGCAUAACAGCGGCAGCAGCAGUGUUGACGAUGGCAGCGCACCAAGUCGCAGCAAUGCCGGCAGCUCGGCAGCGGGUGUUACUGAGAGUAAAUGCAGCGCCGCCAAGUGGUCCAAGGAGGGAACUGCAGGUAAAAAAUGCAAAGGCAAACUAAGAAAGAAGAACGGCACAAAGAUCAAUGAGACCAGAGAGGACAUGGACGCUCAGCUUCUGGAGCAGCAAAGCACCAACUCCAGUGAGUUUGACUCUCCUUCCUUGAGUGACAGCGUACCCUCAGUGGCUGACUCUCACUCCAGUCACUUUUCUGAGUUCAGCUGCUCAGACCUGGAAAGCAUGAAAACCUCAUGCAGCCACGGCUCCAGCGAUUAUCACACCCGAUUUGUUACCGUUAGUCCUCUUCCCGAGGUGGAAAACGAUCGCCUUGAGAACUCUCCACACCAAAGUGGAAUGCCUGCUGUUGCAACCCCUGCUCCGUGCACAGACGUCCCCCAGCUAAGUUAUAUAGCCGAGGAGAGCGUGAGUCACGGCGGCAUCCCCAACACAGUAGAAGACUCUGGAGACACCUCAACAAAUGCAAAGACUCAUCCUGAACUAAGUAGUGCAAUCCAGACGGACAUAUAGGCCCAAUAAUGCUGCAAUACUGUUACCACUAACCAGCCCUGCUCUCACCGAACGCUGUGAGCUGCUCAGAACGUUAACAGAAUAAAACGGUGAACGCUCAAACCUCCCUCUGGUGUAUGGUUGAUUUGGAAAGUCCAAAAUUUCAGUCUUUUGCUUUAGCAGAUUUAUGGCUUUAAGUACCGGUCAGUGGGAAGGUUUCUUCCCUGUCCAUGGUUCAGCGUUGGCUGUUUGCACCUAUAUUUAAGAAUAUCGGCAAAAGCUCACACUUUUAUUAUUAAAAAAUCUAAGUUUAAAGAAGAAAAAAUGGCUUGAGGGCGUUGCUGAGCCCAUAUAGCGGGCACGUGUCAAACAGUUUUGUGAAAGAGACUUUUUGUUUUUAUUUUAAUUUUUUUUAAUGACAUAACAGGGUCAUAACUCCAAUGUGAUGUAUAGUGAUGGGGAUAUCUUCAUUCCAAGCUGUCACUAAACAGGGUACCAUGGUGGGUACCCCAUCUUAGCAGAGAGUUUUGAACACACACGAUACGAGCAGGGUACUGGUGAUUUUUGCACAUCUGAUCUAAAAGAGGACCGAUACGUUGUCGCAGGUAAAAUAGUAUUACUAAUGUAUGACAUCACAGAAUCGUGUCCAGGGGACACGUGCAAAACAAGCGUUAAAAGGGGCUGUGCAGUGUCACCUUUCUUUCACGGGGAGCAGACCACCCUCUGAUGAUUUUCUUUGGUGCCUUUUACAAAGAAAGACUGGGUCUUAAAGUGCCUGGUCCAUUUAGAGAAUUUUUGCCUAAUUAAUGAUUUCCUGAAAGUCCUCUCUGACCACCUGGAGGAGUUUGAAGGAAUAUCCCGGGCAGUACAAUGACUGCGGUAGAUUAUAAAUGUCAUUUCUAAAUGUAUUACCCUACCAAAGACUCACUCAGGCUUUAGAGGAAACGCGGUGGAGUCUUUUCCGUGCUUCUCCGAUGGUAUUAUAAAGCACAGCGCAAACCCCGCAUAUGCAGAUGACUUUCAUACGGAGGGUGGAUGUGGAGCCACGGCUGGCAAUUCUCAUUUUUAGCUUUGUAGAGGAAUUAAACUCGACCGUAAGAAUCCCGAGGCCGUCGCAGCGCCUGAGCUGUUAGACUUUGCAAUGUAAUUCCCGUUGUUGAUGCAGAAACAAAGCCGGGAGCUUCUGAAACAGUUGAUGUUCUGUCCCGUUUGCUGUAAGUGUUGCCGAGACGGUGCUAUUGAAUGUUACGGAGCGCUUCUAGAAAUGUUUUGCCGCGUGCUCGAGUCCGUUUCCAUGAUUUUUAUUUUUUUUUCUCACCAGUUUAAUCUGCUUAUAACACUAGUGCCAGUUAUAUUUAAAUCCGCUUGUUAUGGUAUCUGUAUAUUUGUUUGCAGUUUUCUUUUCCUCAACAAUAUGCGUGUAUAAUGCAUACUGAAUAAAUGUCUCUGUGCUAAGAA